UAUGGUGGCCGAGGAUUUAGGUGCAAUGUGGCCUAUGAUUGUGGCCAUUUUAGCUGCAGUUAUCUUAAACGCAGUGAUUUUUACUCUAUUGAAGGGAUACAAAGCGCGAAAAGAGCAGAAUGAGCGGAAACAGUGGUGGAAAGAGAACGUAAUUUAUCAUAUAUAUCCUCGAUCUUUCCAAGACUCGAGUGGCGAUGGAAAUGGCGACUUACGGGGAAUAAUGAACAGGCUGGACUAUUUUGAAUACAUGGGGAUCAAAAUCUUAUAUCUGAGCCCAAUAUUCAAAUCUCCUAUGGUGGACAAUGGCUACGACAUCUCAGACUUCACAGACAUUGAUCCUCUCUUUGGAGAUUUGAAUGACUUUGAUGAACUCUUAAAAGCGAUGCAUGUAAGGGACAUGAAACUUGUGCUGGAUUUUGUACCUAACCACACUUCAGAUGAACACCCAUGGUUCCUUGAGAGUCGCGCCAGUAGAGAGAGUCCUAAAAGAGACUGGUAUGUCUGGAAUGACCCUUCCCCAGGGGGUGGGGUACCUAAUAACUGGGUCAGUGUAUUUGGAGGAAGCGCAUGGAGCUACGAUACCAGAACAGGACAGUAUUAUUUGCACCAGUUUUGUCCUGAACAACCCGAUCUGAACCUCAGAAACGCUGAGGUGCGCCAGGCUUUGAAGGAAGUGCUAAUCUUUUGGCUUGACAAAGGAGUUGAUGGAUUUAGAGUUGAUGCAGUUCCUCAUCUUGUUGAGGAUUCAAAAUUUCUUGAUGAACCCACUAAGCCUGAGUAUGAUCCCUUACGUCCCAACUAUGAUCACUUGGAGCACAUUUACACGAAAAACUUGUGGGAUAAUCAUAAAAUUGUUCAGGAAUGGAGAACACUUCUCAAUCAGUACAAGGUGCCAUACAGAAUACUCAUAGGGGAGAUAACGGCAGAUCUUCCAGAUGUUAUGAAGUAUUAUGGUGGGAGAUACAGUGAAUUUGAUUUCCCCUUUAACUUUGGGUUUUUGGGGCUUUCCAAAUCCACAACUACACAAGAUUUGUAUAAAGUAAUCUCAGAUUACCUUACUGCCCUACCCAGGGGGAAGUGGCCCAACUGGUUAUUAGGAAACCAUGAUGUAUCCAGAAUUGGUACCAAAGUUGGCCAUGGGUACUCCCGUGCACUAAACGUCCUCCUUCUUACACUUCCUGGAACUGCUGUCACUUAUUAUGGGGAAGAAAUUGGAAUGACAGAUGCUGAAGUGCCUCUUAAAACCAGCAAAGAUUUCCGUGAUCCUCAACGAUCACCUAUGCAGUGGUGCAGUAAACAAAAUGCUGGUUUUACCCAUGGAAUGAAACCAUGGCUACCUGUUGCAAAAAAUUUCAAAACAGUGAAUGUAGAGGAUCAAAUGGCAGAUCCAACUUCAGCUUUACAGCUGUAUCGAGAACUACUGAGGAUAAGGUCUUCUUCACAAUGCCUUAAAGAACUUGGUUUCAAAGUUGUUCAUGUAGAUAGCUCAAUUCUUGCUUAUACCAGGUCAGCCAAACACUGCAAAUUUCUCAUAAUAGUAAACUUUGGGCAGGAGAGUUGGACAGGUUCACUUGAUAGCAUCAGUGGUUCAGGAGUGGUUGAAGUUGACAGUGAAAUGAAGAUGAGGGGAGCAAAAAUUCUCUUUGAUAACAUUAAAUUAAGUAAAGCUCAGGCUCUCGUUGUGAAAAUACCAUAACAGACUUUCUAUUGAAUUUGAACUUUAUUGCCCUUAUAAAUAUGUAGUUACCUGUUUUAGCACACUCUAUACAGAAUGUUAAAUAGUACUAGAAUGUAUGCCGAUGUUAAAUCAAAUAAAACUGGGUUAGAAAUACCCACCCUUAGUGUAUUUUGUUUAAAAACAACCUAACUACUAAUUAAAAGUAUUAAAAUGCAUGCAUUGUUUUCUAAAACUUGAAUGUUGUGAUAUGACAAAUUCCUGUGAACAAGUGAGAUUUACAACCCAAGAACAAAAUAGGUGCUGCAGCACACAUGGAAACAUGUGGCCUGUGGUGGCUUGUCUCUUUAUGUUCUACAGUGCCUGCUUGUAGUUCAGUUGCUUAUUAAUCAAUAUGACUUGUUCAAAGGAAGUAAUGUGGCAAUUGCAUAGAUUUCAUUUUGCUUGUUGCUAGAGCACUGCUUUCUGCAAAUUUUAUUCUCUUGUUAAAAUAGCUGUUAUUUGCUGUUUUGAAAUAAGAUAAGGAUAAUUUAAAACCAUAAAUUUUACUGUUGUAAAAAUUUGGUAAGAAAUGAAAUUUUGUAAAUAAAAAUAUUAAAAUACACUUCCUUGUACA